AUGGAAUCCACGUGCGGGCGUCCGGAUCUUCCCCCUUUUGGCGGCUUUGUACUAACCGCAGGCGGCAGCAAGAAAGACAAGCGGCGGCAGCAGAUCGCUGCGCGGCUCGGCAAGCUCGAGGCCGGGUUUGCCGACGGCAGCGCGUCGUACUACCGCGGGCUCCUUCACAACCUCCAGGCCACGCUCGCGGCCAUCCAGCAGGGCACGCACGGCGAGUACGUGCGGCGCAAGGGCGCCUUGGAGCAGGUGCGCGACUACGAGCUCACGCGGCUCCGGCUCUGGGAGGAGUACCAGGUCACGCGCGCGGAGCACGAGUACGCGGCGGCCAUGCACACGGCCACGGCCAACUACGACAUGAUGGUCAAGCUCUUGAAGGAGAAGUACUACGACAAGCUCCAGAGCCAGGCGCGGCGCCUCAAGGAGGACAAGCUCCUCUUGAACAUGGUCAACGCCAGCCUGUGGGCCGCGCCGGGCGCGUACCCCGCGGCGGCGGCGUUGGGCCCCGCGGCGUCGCUCUUGGCGGACCGCCGCCCGCGCCGCAAGCGCGAGUACCCGGCGCGGCUCGCGGACAGCGCGCUCGACGAGCUCCUGGACCCGGGCUCCGCGCGGCUCGCGGCAUCGGGACACGUGUCCGCGGGUUACACGUCCGGCCUGGUCAAGCGCCGCCGCCACUACGCCACGCGCUACUCGCUGAACGACGAGCACACAGGCAGCCGCCGCCGCCACUACGCCACGCGCUACUCGCUGAACGACGAGCACACAGGCAGCGUGGCCAGCGCGGGCGCGCCGCCGCCGGGCGCCGCCAGCGGCAACGACAGCAACCUCAGCGACAAGGACUACGACACCUUGAACCACUUGAUCAUGAACCCGCCGGACGGCGGCGUGCUGCGCGUGCUCCUGGAGCGCGAGCGGCCGGGCGGGCGCCCGCACACGCGCGGGGCGCACCGCCAGUUCGUGGGGGUGCAGGGGCUCCGCCCCGACGAGUUGAACGACGACCUCACGUUGCUCCGCAACGCGGUCAAGCGGGAGAAGUGA